AUGAAUAUUCAAUAUAUUUUCUUGGGAUUAUUUUUUAUUCUUCUAUUAGUUACAUCAUCGUAUGAAAUAUCGUUGGAGGAUAAUAAUACUAAUUUAACAACUCCAAAUAUUUUAACUGAUUCAGUAACAACAUUAAUUAUAUCAACUGCUAUACCUAAUGUUACUUUAACGACAGGAUCGAUUACAACAGAAAAUGUAACCAGUAAUUCAACAACAACAGCAACACCUGUAACUACUAUGACUGUUACGACAGCAAAUAUAACAACAUCUUCAACAACAUUAACUUCAACAAAAAUAAUAUCUACUACAAUUAAAGUACCCGGUCGUAAAUUUGAUAUGCUUUCAUUUAUUGGUGGAAUAAUUCUUACAAUUGGUCUUAGUGCAAUUAUAUUUCUCAUUGUAAGUUAUUUACGUCGUAGUAAUCGAUUACCUUAUUCAAAUCUACGAUAA